UUAUUCAGUUGUCAACAUUACGUUGAACGAGGUGUAUUUCUACAGUGUAACCCUUGGUUUGUGGUGUCUGAUGGCAGUUAAUUAGUCAACAAAACAAUGUACGUUUUACGCUUGGCGCGUGACCAGACGGGCCAACAAAACAGCGGUGUUCUUCAGACAGUAAUAUCGACUAUAAGUGGCGAAGGUGAAAAAAGAAAUGAUUCUGAACAGGCCAAAUAUUUAGAAGAUCUCCUCGCAAAGCAAGCAAGUCAUCACUUACCAUCUAGUCCGAAUUCUUCAAGUUCUACCUUUUUACCCGUUAAAGAAGAAAAUUCCGACGAUGAAGAAGUUUCGAUGUCUACAGGAAUUUAUUCAGAAUUCCAGCUAAAAGAAUGUAGUGUUUUAUUGUCACGUUUAAUGCCAAAUAUUGUAACUGUGAAAUCUGAAGCUACAGAUAUGACUUCUGAUUUAGAUUUAGAUGAUCCACUUGGCGACGACCAUCGAACGAUGUCGCCGGACGCAUUUGUAAAGUAUGAAGAGAGCUCUCCUAAACAUCAAGACCUGGAGGAAUUCCAGCCUAAUGAAAGUAGUAGUUCGGAAAGCGAAGAUGAUGAUCCUAUUAGGAUACAACAAAGUUCAUCAGGUAUCCUUAAAAAGAACGAAACGAAUUAUCCGUCCAAUAUUCAAGGGCAUCCUGGGAAGUCAAUAGUUUCUGCACAACCUGAAAUUGUAGAAAGUAAUGAUUCCAAUAAUAAGAAAAGGAAUAGGGAUGAUAAGAAAUCGUCUGAUAUAAAAUCUGAAAAAAGAACCAGAAAAGUAACUAGAGAGUACAGAAAAAUUAAAUGGGAAAGCGAUUUUCAAUCCUUUCAAGGAGCUUUUAAAAAGUUUAGAGGACCUGAACCUGGACCAUGCAAACUUUACGACACACCCUUUGAAGCCUUCACCGAUAUAUGGACUGUAGAUAUCAUGAGCCAUAUUGUGAAACAAACUAAUAAGCAUGUAAAAUGGAUAAUUAGGGCUAAAGGAAAUGUGUCAGAUUUAGCUAACUGGACCGACUUAGAUUUCGAAGAGUUAAUGAUUCUCUUCGCUAUUUACAUUUACAUAGGGUUCGAUAAGCGCUUGUGGAACGAAGAAUAUUACAACCAAGAACCUUUAUUCAAGACAUUGAUGAGCCACCGUCGUUUUUGCCUCUUAACGAAGUUUCUUUAUUUUGGCAGUUUCUCGUAUCAUAGAAGUUAUGAUUAUUGUGAUGAAAUGGCAAAACUGAUGGCUUCACCGUCAAAGCAACUACAAAUACUUACUGACGUAAUCUUUCAUCUGAAUAAAAAAUUUUCUUUCUUAUAUACUUUAAAACAAGAUAUUGCUAUUAAUGAAUCAUUGACCGCAAUCCCAGACCAGUCAUCUGAUAGAAUACCCUUUAUUAAGCCUUAUGACGUGAGAUCGUAUGAAAUUUGCGAAGUAAAUACGGGCUACUUAUACAAAUUCCAAAUUACUGAGGAGAAGGCGAAGUCUGGCUUAAUUUUUAAUGGUGUUUCUUUGAGAAGUUCUGAUAUUAUUUUUGGUUUAUUAGAGGAUUUGAGAAAUAUGGGUCAUUGUGUUACAUCAGUUCCUUACCACAUUUCACCAUUUUUAGCGCGGCGUUUUAAAAGAAAGGGUUUUAAUUGUUUUGGAAAAUUGGAUAUUAUUAACAGUCUUAACAUUCCUUAUGACUUCAGGGGUCAAGGGAGCAGAAUAACAGGUUUUAGCACUGCUACACGAAUAGCUCGUCAUAGUCAUGAUGUUUCCAUUUUACAAUGGAACGAGGCUGACAACGAACAGUUAAGUUUGAUAUCAAACUUCCACAGUAAUACAAAUUUCUUUGAUGUAGAAGCAGGUAUGCCGUCAGUGAAGCCUCAGGUGGUGCGAGACUACAAAGUGGCAAUGGAAAAACUGAACGAAAAGAAUCAAAACCUCCGUAGAUAUUUAAUUGGACAAGAGACAGAUCUAAUUUGGUAUCAAAAGAUGUUUUUGAAUCUGCUAAAUGCAAGUGUACACAAUGCUCACGUUUUAUAUUAUUGGUCUUUGAUUCAGCGUGAAAAACAUGCUAUGAUCUAUAAAGAAUUUCGUAAGGAACUUGCUAUUUCUAUAAUGAAUAAGUAUCGCCACGGUUUGAGUAAAGGCAAAUCGAAGUCGGGAUACGACGUAAUCAAAAUAGAGUCAUCGUACCAAAGUUCGCGAAACCGGCUUGCUAGUGAUCUAAUAGAAGAUGAUGAGAAUACUGUCGAUAAAAGAUUAGGCUCUCAAUCUCACUUGGUGCAUGAGCCUAUGUACGACGAACCUUCAACGGCAAUCGUUCCAAAGUUUUGUGUCGUUUGCUUUCGGAUGGGAUUAAAGAAUUUGGUUCGAUCGCGAUGCGUCACUUGCAACGAACACAUGUGCUUUCAGAGGUGCUGGAUGACGUGGCAUUCAGAAACAAACCUCAAAAAAUACAAGGAACUUUCAUGAGACCUAGAUGAAACUGUGAAAAUUUUUUGUCUUAAUAAAGCAAGUUGUGAUUUGA